AUGGGGUCCCAGCAUCUGCUGCUGGCCGCUGCGUACCUGCUGGGGACGCUGGUCACUUCCUGCCUCGGUUGGUUCAGCCUGGAGGACCCAGAUCUCCAGGUGAGGCUGACCGGCUCCAACUCCAGGUGCCAGGGCCAGCUGCAGGUCUUGAGUCACACCAGGGCCCGGUGGCACUCGGUGUGCAGUGAGAGCUGGAACGGGGCGCUGCGCCACGGGGAGGUCUCCCAGCAGGCUGCCAGACUCUGCCAGAAGUUGCGCUGCGGGGACUCCUUGGGCCUGACCACCUACUCUCACUUCAACACACCCCAGAACCAGAUCAUCUGCCAUGGACCCCGGGGGUCCUUCUCCAACUGCAGCACAGACUCAUCAUCCAAGUGCCACCCGCUGAGCCUCGUCUGCUUAGAGCCCCAGACGACGACACCUCCACCCACAAGCCCCCCGACCACCAUGACUCCAGAGCCCACAGCACCCCCCAGGCUGCAGCUGGUGGCGGGGCCCCGGGGCCUGCGGUGUGCCGGCGUGGUGGAGUUCUACAGCGGCAGCCUGGGGGGCACCAUCAGCUACGAGAACCACCACGGGCUCCAGGGCCUGGGAGACCUCCUCUGCGGUGCCCUCCAGUGCGGCUCCUUGAAGCAGCCUCCCGAGGCCAAGGCAGUAGAACCCCAAGACCCAGCAGAGCGCUGGGCACGCAGGCUCUUGCCCAUCCGAUGGCAAAUCCAGAACUCCAGCUGCGCCUCCCUGCACGAGUGCUUCAGGAAAGCCCCGGCCCAGGAGGGCGGCCAGGCUCUCAGCCUGGUCUGCUCAGAUUUCCAGCCCAAGGUCCAGAGCCGCCUGGUGGGGGGCGGCAGUGUGUGUAAGGGCACCGUGGAGGUGCGCCAGGCCACCCAGUGGGCAGCCCUGUGUGACAGCCAUGUGAGCAGGGGCCCAGCUCGGUGGGCGGAGCUGUGUCAGGAGCAGAAGUGCAACGGCCUAGUCUCCCACCACCCGCUGGACGCCAGUGAGACCUCCAGUGGGUUCUCCUGUCCCCAGGAGAAGCUGUCCCAAUGCCACGAACUUCAGGAGAAAAAAACCUUCUGCAAGAGGGUGUUUGUCACAUGCCAGGACCCCAACCCUGCAGGCCUGGCUGCAGGCACCGUGGUGAGCAUCAUCCUAGCCCUGGUGCUCCUGGCCGUGCUGCUGGUCGUGUGUGGCCCUCUCGCCUAUAAGAAGCUGGUGAAGAAAUUUCGCCAGAAGAAGCAACGCCAGUGGAUCGGCCCCACAGGAAUGAACCAAAACAUGUCUUUCCACCGCAACCACACUGCGACCGUCCGGUCCCAGGUCGAGAACCCCACAGCGUCCUGUGUGGAUAAUGAGUACAGCCAGCCCCCCAGGAACUCCCACCUGUCGGCCUAUCCAGCUCUGGAAGGGGCCCUGAAUCGCUCCUCUGCCCAGCCUGACAACUCCUCUGACAGCGACUAUGACCUGCACGUGGCUCAGAGGCUGUAG